UUCAAACCAAAACAAAAAGAUUAAAGGAGCAGCGGCCGGGGCAGCCGUGCUCCCCGGCUUGGACACCCGGCUGGCGCGCCCGGGUUUCGCCGGGGCUGUGCCGACGCGGGGCGCGGCGCGCGGCGGGGCUGGGGGCGGGGGGAGCGGGAGCCGGGCGUAGCGGGGGGAGCCGAGGGGAGGGCGCCGGCCGGAGGAGGGGCGGACCCGCCCGCUCCGCCCGCCCGCGCUGAGCCGAGCCGCCCGGGCUGGGCGCGACCCCGGCCAGCAGCGGCGCAGAGAGCCGGCGGAGGCGCGGGCCAUGCUGCGGCUGGCGCCGGCCGGGGCGCGGGCCAUCGUGGACAUGUCGUACGCUCGCCACUUCCUGGACUUCCAGGGCUCCGCCAUUCCCCAAGCCAUGCAGAAGCUGGUGGUGACCCAGCUGAGCCCCAACUUCCGCGAGGCCGUCACCCUGCGCCGGGACUGCCCGGUGCCGCUCCCCGGGGACGGAGACCUCCUCGUCCGGAACCGAUUUGUUGGUGUUAACGCGUCUGACAUCAACUAUUCAGCAGGCCGCUAUGACCCUUCAGUUAAGCCCCCCUUUGACAUAGGUUUCGAAGGUGUCGGGGAGGUGGUAGCCCUGGGCCUCUCUGCGAGCGCCAAAUACACAGUUGGCCAAGCUGUGGCGUACGUGGCACCUGGUUCUUUUGCUGAGUACACAGUUGUGCCUGCCAACAUUGCAACCCCCUUGCCCUCGGUGAAACCCGAGUAUCUCACCCUGCUGGUAAGUGGCACCACCGCAUACAUCAGCCUGAAAGAGCUCGGAGAACUGUCUGAAGGGAAAAAAGUUUUGGUGACAGCAGCAGCUGGGGGAACAGGCCAGUUUGCCGUGCAGCUUUCAAAGAAGGCCAAGUGCCAUGUCAUUGGAACCUGUUCUUCUGAUGAAAAGUCUGCUUUUCUGAAAUCUAUUGGCUGCGACCGUCCCAUCAACUAUAAAGCCGAGCCCGUGGGUGCUGUCCUUAAGCGGGAGUACCCGGAGGGUGUCGAUGUGGUCUAUGAGUCUGUCGGGGGAACCAUGUUUGACUUGGCUGUAGAUGCCUUGGCUACCAAAGGGCGCUUGAUAGUCAUCGGGUUUAUCUCUGGCUACCAAACUCCAACUGGCCUUUCGCCUGUGAAAGCAGGAACGUUGCCAGCCAAGCUGCUGAAGAAAUCUGCCAGCGUCCAGGGCUUCUUCCUGAACCAUUACUUGUCUAAGUACCAAGCGGCCAUGGACCACUUGCUCAAGAUGGGGGAGAGUGGAGACCUGGCUUGUGAGGUGGACCUCGGAGAGCUGUCUCCGGAAGGCAGGUUUACCGGCCUGGAGUCUGUAUUCCGUGCCGUCGACUACAUGUACAUGGGGAAAAACACUGGAAAAAUUGUAGUUGAAUUACCUCACUCUGUCAACAGUAAGCUGUAAAAACAGAACAAUGACAUAAAUCAAAGGAGAAAGAAAAUGGGUACUUUAUGCCGCAGAAUUACUCAAAUCAAUUUAUUUUUAGUUGGUAAUGGAUAUAAUAUUUCUUAAAACAAAAGUAAGAUAUUAAUGAAUAGGUUUCUCCCUCUCUGUUUUUCUCUCUUUUUGCUCCUCCCUUGAAAAAAAAAAAAAAUGUGCUAAUAAAACUUCCCUCCAUGGCUAAGAGGUAAAAUGUUUACAUUUAAUUCUUUGGUCACGGACAGUCUCAUUCCAGAUUUUAUUGUUCCAGGGAACUAAAUUAAUUCCUGAUGCAAGAUCUGAUCAAAUCAGUAUGUCUUCAGCUUGAUGAGAUUUUAAAAUCAGUCUUGAAAAUAGUUCACAAAUUCCUCUUUGCUUUGGGAGAAUUUGGUCUCAUGCUAAUAAGUACUUCCUAAGCCAGCGAUGCAGCGAAAGCCAGCCGGCCACGUGUUCUCGGAGUCCACAUCCUGAGGAGACGGCCCCCUUUCCUCCAGAAAUCACUGAGCAGCUAUCUAAAUAGAAAUGUGAGGGAAUUCUCCCCCAAAUUCGAUUUUGUGAAGUUAUUAGAAAAGUGGUUAGGUGAACACAGAUGUAUUUUCAAGAAGUAUCUGUUACUUAAUGGCUUUUCUCUACGGUCAUCCUGGGGAGACCCGUGAAUGGAAAAUUUAUCUGCCCUCCUAGGAAGCAAAUUCAUACUGAAAACUUACGUAGGCAGAAAGUAGGUUUUGGAAAGGGAGACUACAGAGAUUAGGGGGACUCGGUAAAAUUAACACAUGCAGGAAAGGUAAAGCGUGUGCUACACUCACAGUGAGGGUUCACGUACACGACGUGGACCACAGAAGGGAAAGUGCUCUCCAGGCUCCCGGCGGGGGAUUAAUAACAGCGUACGCCGUGUGCCUGGCGGAGGAUGUAUCAGAUAGCACUGUGCACAAUGGGGACCUAAGGGAUCUAAAAUAAUAAUACAUCUGCUUCUCCUCGGAGGCUUUCAGACGUGGGAGGUGCGGGUUAUCUCUGAUUAUGGAAGCACAGAACUGUGUUCCCAUUUCACUUCUCCAAAUGUUCUGGUGGAAUGACACGCUGAUUGUCACCAUCGCCUGAUGUGACACAGGCAUCUACCGGCCACACGUGAGAAGUCUCGAGAUCUGCGCCUUCUCUGAGUCGUGCCCAUGGCUCAUCUGCUUGCCUCUGAACCUGCAUGCCCCAGGACGGCGGCCGCUCUCGUCGUCACGUCGAAAUCCCACGGUGCCCUUCUCAUUGAAGGGGAAGCCCACCCGGCCAUUUUUCAAAGUCUUGGGCUUCAGUGUAUGUAACAUGCUCAGUAAAUAUGAACGCAAUUAAAGAGGCUCCAGGAAAAGUUGGAGACCAUGUUUAAUUUUUCUUGCCUUCCACGUGAGGAACAAGGAAAUCCUACUGCCGAAUAGCUGUUCGUAUCUAUUUUACAGGAUUUACUCAUUUUCGGGUACCUAAUGUAGCUGCUAGCAUGCAUGCACAACAAUACAAUUUAUAUGGUAAAUGGAACCAAAUAAUGGCUUCACUGAAUGUUAUGGCUGCACUGAAGGGAAAUGUCACGGUAAAUAGCUGCCAAAUUAUGGAUCAUGCCGAAGUGUCACAACUGCACUAAAGACAAAUAGCACUAGAGGCUAUUGCCACUGUGACGCGUUUGAGUUAUGAAGAAGGGUAGCGGCCUGAUGUGAGGCUCUUUGUGUCCUCAUUAUAGCAAAGGGUUACUGGUGCAGGGGACAAGGAAAGCUCGUCCAGUGUGGCGCUUAGUUAUUAAUCUGUCCCUUUCAGACCUAACAGCUGUAGCAAAACGGAAAGAGACUUUGCCUCGCUUUUAGACACACAAACAAACAAAGGGGGAGAAACAGGUUUUAUGAAUGUGACUGUGCACAGGAAAUGACUGGUAAUGGAAAAAUGUCGUAAUAAAAUAAUCUAAUCACAGAAUAUUAUUAAAUUUAACAUAGUAUAUGUC